UAAUCAUUCCACAGUACAGUGCUUGCUGGAUUUGAACAAUGGUUUCUCUCUCGACAAUGGACCUUAGGUGCCCGCAGCUCGCUCACACGCUGUGAGUGGAGCGAUUGCGUGGAGGUAACAUUUCAGCGUCCCCACUAGCCACUGUGUAGAACACCAUGGGACCCAUCUAAUCUGGACUGGAGCGACCAUGCUGAAUCUUGUUCCAGAAUUUCCCACUAUGGAAUACAUGUCCUGAUCUGGAAUUACUGCGUGCCACGGUUUCGCUUCAUCUAAUCUGGCGUGCUCGUGUGACUUGAAAGAACCGUGAUUCUCUUCCGUAGAUCUCCGUGGUCAGCGUCUUGGCUCUUGCCUGUACAUGACUGUACUUGAUGACAGGUCGAGCCAGUGCAGUGCCCACUGCACAGACAAGAAGCAGUUUUGAAUGACUUCGACCGGUAACACAGCAACUGAAUCUAAAUGAAUGUUCUGCAGCCACAUCCCCUAUGUUAUCGCCCCAGAUCGGAAAGAGUGUGUCACGGAUUCAGCAGGCAGUUUAGAUUCGAUCCGUGCCGGUGGCUAUGUCGUUUCUUGUCGAUAUGGUGCCAAGUAGAUGAUCACGGUGAUCUCACCAUCCCGGUUGGUCCCUGAGAAGACAACUGCUGGGACCCGCAAGCAAGGAUGGUGAAAAUAGAGGUGUUUUGCCGGCUGUGGAGUGAUGCAAUCGAUCAUGACGAAGAUGACGAUGCACCGCAUACCAGAUCUAGCCCAGGAAGCGGCUCUGACCCACGGCUAGCCGGACUCAAACGGACCUUCAACAGCAGCCUGGAUACUGAGCAGGUGUACGAAGCAACAGCAGGGCGCCUGGUCAGUUUCUUCCUGCGUGGUGAGAAUGUCUGCUUCGCCACGCUGGGCUUGGCGCACUCGGCCGAAUUCUCCCUGGCCGGCGAUCCAACGUCGCGCAUCGGAAUGGUCCCGCUCUGCUUCGUCGAUGUGUUUCAUCGACUUGAUGAGCUUGCUAAUGCUAGUGAUCACCCGGAGCAUACUGCGGGUCAUACGUGUAGGGCUCGUCUUGAGUGUGUUCAGGUCAGCAACGAGACCGUGCGUGAUCUGCUGGAGCCAAGUGACGACGGCGUCGGAGGAGUUGCCACGACGGCCGGGUCUCUUGCAUUGCGCGCCGACGCGCAGCACGGCAGCCACGUUGCCGGUCUGAAGUCGGUGGACGUCUCGACGGCACGGGACACGGCCGAGGUGUUCCGCUUUGCUUGGAGCAACAUCCGCUCACGGGAACAUGCUGCCGUGUUGGUUAUGCUUCAUUUGAACAAGACCAAUGCCAUUGGCGCACGGCCUGUAACAACGGAUUCUACUUUCACAUUUCUCGCUCUGCCAAGUGCUGACUGCCUAUCUCCCAGCACGCUAGAGACGCGCCUGGAGUCCGACCCAUCUCAGUAUGCCGGUCUUCAAGCUGUCCGGUCGUUGGUGGAGAAGCUGUCUGUGUCACCACGACCUCCGGACUGUGUUGCUGCAUAUAGUAAGUCUGUGCUCACACAACUGCUCGAGGACAUACUGGGUGGCAACUGUCGCACCCAGUGCCUGCUCUACAUCAGGGACACCAGCCUGCAGCACAGAGGUGGUGGCUCGGACCUCUUGGAUGCCAUGCUACAGGUAGCCAAUCAGCUUGCGCUCGUCGAGAACACUCCUGUUGUCAACUAUCCACAAGUCCAGAGUUUGAUAACUGUGCACCGUUCUAAUACUCUCCACUACAAGUCGAGAGCAGCGGCGUUCAACAACACCAGGAUGGCCCAGUCGGAUGUGCACGAGGAGAACGGGGCGCUCCGGCGAGAUAAAGCUGUAUUGGAAUCGGAGGUUCUGGCUCUUCGAGAACAGCUGGCUGAUCUCAAAUUCUCCAAGAGUUCCAAGGUCCAAGAGCAUGAUGAUUAUCUCAAGAUAUCACAGUCGCUGCUUCAAGUCAAGAUGGAGAAACUGGAGCAAGAAGGAAAGGUUGCUCAGCUGGAGGUGCAGUGCGAGGAGAUGAAGGUGCGCCUGCAUGACCAGCAAAAAGCCUUCCAGCAGUUGCAGAAGCGGCUGGAGGUCACGACGGCAGAGCGAAUGAAAGCCACCAGUGCUCAUGGCCAUCAGUCUACGGAACUGCAAGAACUGAGAAGGAAGACACAGGAGCAGGUGACGAAGAACGAGGAGAUGGAAGUGGAGCUGGUCCGUCUCUGCAAUGCCAGGCAGUACUUGGAAGAGCAGAACAUUGACCUGAAGAAGUCACUGCAAUCAGCACAGGAAAGAGAAGCACUCCUACAGAGCAGUCUAACUGCUCAAAUGCAUGCCGGUGCUGGGCAUGGUGCUGGGCAUGGCAGUGAGCAGGACUCUGUGCGUGCACUGCACACCUCGCUGAACAAAAUGGCCGAAACGGCUGUCCGCGAAAAGGUGGAAAUGAUGGAGAAGAUCAAGACUCUCGAGAACCAGCGGGUAAAGCUGGAAAGACAGCUGGUACAGCAUGAACACCGCAGAAAGCAUGUCGAUAUCCGCCAAUCACCGGUAGUGACUGUGGCCCCGGAGCGAACUCGACCGAUAUCUCACAGACAAAUCCAAAGACAAGAAGCCACACGCAAAGAGUUAAUCGAUGUCAGGAAUGAGAGGGACAAAACCAAGUCUACGCUUGUUCACUUGAAGGCAAAACUGAUAGCAGAGCAGAAGGCAAGAAAGCGUGCCGAUAGCGAGGUGUAUUCUCUCUCCAAGGAACUGUCCCAGGCCACUACGGAAUUUCAACAAAGACUCCAUGUUUAUAUUGGUGAAAUGAAGGGCAACAAAGUCAAGAUCUUGUCUAACCAAGUGGAGAUGGAGCUGAAAGACUAUGUAAAUGCUAUCCUGGCCGACAUGAAGGCUGCAGACGAGGCGGACAGGAGUCGGCUGCUCAGCGACAGCUCCUAUCACAAGUCACUCAGUCAGGAGCUGGAGAGUAUCUAUUCUGUGCUCUUGGAGUGCUAUAGACAUGCCAAAGAGAAGCUAACUUCCCUGGACUAUCCUGCAGUGGGGCCGGAUGUCUCCUCCUUUCCGAAAACAUUUGCAGAUGAUGACAAGUGUUCACCAGCAACACAGCUUCACCGAGAGUUGACAGAAAGCAAGACAGCCAUCAAAGACCUGAAAAUGGAGGUUCAGAAACAGAGUACAAUGAUUGAGAGUUUGAAGAAGACGCUCAGUGAAAAGGCCAAACAUGAUGUCGCUGCCAGAAUGGCGGGUGCUGAAACAAUGGCAGAGCGGCAAGGUGGUAGUGCCAGAAAUCGACAGGCUGAUGGCAGGCCAGGAUACAAGAAUACCGAACGAGCAAUGCUCCCAGUGGCAUCGAAUGCCGGCUUUGCUACAGCCAUCGCCGCUACCCAUGGAGCCCCUGCAGCAUCCAUGUAUCUUGAAGAGGAAAUUACAAGGCUGGACAGAAAGCUACUUCGGAUGGAGACCCGGGCAAUAACAGCUGAGGCAACCGCUGAACAGGCGGAGGCGCGGCUCAGGAAGUUUGAGAAGCAAUGCCAUAGCAAUCUGGAAAUUCUGCGCUGUGCCCUGGAAGAACUUCUACAGCUGCACAACAACGGUGCUCCGCGAAUCACGCCAGAGACCAAGUCACUGCCGCGCAAUCUGGCCUGCGUUCUCAAGCGCUACUGGAAAGAUCGGCCAGCGCCGCAGCCAAGAGCACGUCGUCAUCACUAAACGUCUCAGCGUGCUGUCCUGCCGGUGCACCAGCAUUAGCACUAGGGAGUAGCAAAGAAAACGGGUUUGCGUACUCCCUGGCUGGCUAGCGUCGUCAACAUACUCAGCUGUUCAGCAGUGCGCACAGCUCCAUCAAGCAUUAUUAUACCGGUAGCAUAUUUGGAAUCCACCUCUCAGCCCAUAAGAGAAGAUUAGUAGAUCACCAGCAUUGCACCUGCUAUUAUUGUGACUUGCUUGUGCAAUCUAGCUGGCCUAACCAGUCCCUUCUUAACCGGGUUUAUCAAGAGUUUUAUAUGGCAAUAUAUUCAGCAUCAUUCUGUUCAAGGUCGUUAACGUAUAAUUUGUUUACAGUAACGUUGAGUUGAAAAUGACAGUUACAAAUACUUACAAUAUUGGACUGCUAUUUUAAAGUAAUAUUUGAAAGUGAUACAUUGCCAAGUUGAAAAGCUAGAAGUUGAAAAGCUAGAAGUUGAAAAGCUAGAAGUGGAAGCUGAUAUUCAGAGAUCACCAUGCAUCUUGUACUUUGAGAUUGCACUGACUAACACUAAGUCUUUUGUUAACGUUAGCAGUAAUCUGCCUCCAAGCUUGUAUAGUGCUAGCAAACACCAUCUUUGAAGGUA